AUGGGACCGCCGCGCAAUAUCCUCGUCCUGGGUGGCGGCAUAGCUGGCAUAGCUUCUGCCCUUGCUCUGUCCAGGGAGCUCUCGCCAAAGGUGCCGGGCCUUAAGAUAACCAUCUUCGAGCUUCACAAUGUGCCGUCGACGUCUGGCGGUGCCAUCAACCUGAACCCGGCCGCCCAGAGACAUCUCGACCACCUGGGUGUGCUGGAGGAGCUCGACAAGAUGGGGGCCGACGGGGGCGUCGAGGUCAAGACGGUAGAGCUGUUUUCAAUCCACUCCGGACGGCGGCUGGGCCGUGUCGACUUUGCUGGCAAGGACGGCAAAGGGUACGGCGGAUACAAGGCCAGGCGAGUGAUGCGGAUAUCCCUCCACCUGGCGCUGCUGGCGGCCGCUGAGAAGGCCAGCAACAUCGAAGUCGAGUUCGGCAAGAAGGUCAUCGACGGCAUCGAGUCCGGCGAGACAGUGACCAUCUUCUUCGAGGACGGCUCGAGCGCGGUUGGCGACCUGGCGCUGGGCUGCGAUGGCGUCCACUCGCCUACGCGGAUGCGCCUCGUCGACCCGUCCACGCUGUCCGAGUACACGGGCGUCUGCUUCAUCCAGACGACCAUCAAGACGGACCGCAUCACCUCGCCCAUCCACUUUGAGACCACAGCGAUGAACAGGGCGCGGCACGGCGGGCUGCUGACGACCUACUGCCACAGCACCAAGGAGGAGAUCUUCGUGGCCGCGCUGGCAGAGGUCGACGCUGCUGAGAUAUCUAGUGACUCCGGCUACCGCAGCCGCAACCCGAACAGACACCGACGGACGACCUCAGAGCGCCUGAGAGACGAGAUCUGCAGCCGGUUUGGCGACUGUGCCAUACCCUGCGUGCGCGAGAUCAUCGAGAAGUCGACCAACUGGGCCCUCUACCCGGUCUACCAUCUGCCUCCGGACAGGAAGUGGCAUACAGACCGGACUCUGCUACUAGGAGACGCUGCCCAUGCUAUGCCUCCCAGAGACGAAUCUGCGGCGUAUGCCCUGGACGACGCCAUCCUGUUCUCCCGCAUACUCUCACUCUACUACCACCGGCCCGUCAAGGACGCCUUCGAUAUAUACGAAUCCAUGCGCAGGAGCUCCGUCACCAAGGCAUACAACUCGUCCAACGUUACCUGGAUGGGCAGCAAGGCCAACAGCGGUCGAUGGGUCAGCCGUCUCGAAGCUUGUCUCACGCCGUGGCAGCUCUACAAGGACAAGAAGGCUAGGAUUGGUGCGUGGGAAUUUGAUGCCAGCACCAUGCCUAUCCCUCCGCCACUGUAG